GCACCCAAGGCGGCGGAUGGCGUCGCCCGCUGCCCGCGAUGCUUCGUCGCUCAAGGGCAACCUCAUGAUCCUCUCGUACGGCCUCAUGGAGUGGGCCGGCCAGAAGGUCGACGCAACCGUCGUCACACCCUGCGCGCAGAUGAUCUCGGGCUCGAUCGCCAACCCAUAUGUGCUCAGCGGCAAGAUCUGGGAUACGCUCAAAGAGAACACACCGCAGCGCGCCCGCGACGUCUCGCGCCUCUUGAGCCUCGCGAUCUCCAAUUCCGCGCUCGUCCUCGGCAGCGACAACUCGGUCGAGUGGAGUGCGUCAACAAGGGCGCUGCGUGACCAUACGCUUGCGAUGGCGGCGACGCCAGAAGGCCAAGCUGUUGUUCAAGACUGCGUCGCGACGGUCGCCAAGACGUGCCAAGCACUCAACACGCCAGAGACCAAGGCGGCGACCAAGCAGCUGGCGUCGGCCGUGCAGAGCUGGAUCCAAAUGCUCGCGACACCCGAGGGUCUAAAGGUCAUUGACGGCUUUGGCGACUGGUGCAACCACCUGACGGACGUGGCUGCGUCGCCCGAGAGCACGAUUUUCCUUCUCGAGGUCGCCACCAACCUCUGUCACGUCCUGUCGUCCGACUCGACCCGCGAACGCCCCCGCGAUCAAGUGACCAAGGAGCUCGAGGAGCUCAUGCUGUCCAAGUUCAACAUGAGCGCGACACCCGCCACCGCUGCUACCGACGAGGCGCCGCGCGAAGAUGCGGCCGAAGAUGCGGCUGAAGACGAUGACCACGCGGACGAUGACGCGGCGCUCAGCGACAAUGAGACGGACAUGGCUGACACGGACAGCGUCACGUCACGCUUCAGCAUUGCGUUCAGCGGUGACGGCGACGAGGACGACGAGAACGACGAAGCACCUGCCGAAACACCGAUGCCCAAGUACACGAGCGACGCAACACAUGCAACGAUCCGCCAGCGCCACGUGCGUCGACUGACCAACCAAGCUAUCCGCAACGUGCCCCGACGCAGCGCGCGGUCGCUGGCGCUGGCGACGACCUUGCGUGCGCACCGACGCAAGCCGACGGUCGCGGCGCCGAUCUCGCCCUUGGACGAUCUGGCGUGUCGCGCGCUCAGCAUCGUCUUUGUGAUCUUUGUCGCCCUCGCCGCUCUCAUUGUGCUCUUGGCCAUGGUCCGACUGCUCUUGUAAGUCGACAUAAUAAGAGCGCACUUACUGAGGACGUUGUGUGCAUCCUUCAUGCAACGCGACAGAAAUGCGUCGACCGCGCCGCUAGACUUGAGUACUACAGUACUUGGACAGGCAGUCGGUGGAAGGCCUUUGCCGCACCACAACAACGGAAUCGUGAGUUAUGGCAAAAGUCUCGGGCGAGACCAUCGCAGUCCUACUAGUAG